UCUUCCAUGUCGCAAUCCAUUCGCGUGCUGCUGCUGGGCGAUCCAAAGCUGCGCAAAGAGCUCGCUGCGGCCUACCUGAAGCUCGCGUCGUUCUCGAAUGCAGGCAGCCACUCGCACAAGAAGCACGUCAAGAUCGAGGGCGAAACGUGCCUCGUCGAGGUCGUCGAGACCGCAGACCAGUCCAACAAGGCCGAAGAGGUCGACAUUGCGGCCAUCCGACAAGCAGACGCGUUCUUGGUCGUGGCUCGGGACGUCGUCCGAGGAUCCUUCCCGAACGUGGUGGCAUACCGCAACCGCAUCAACGCCGUCAAGGAGGACGACGAAGACAUCCCCAUCAUUGUGGUGGGCAACGUGCGCGACGGUGCGCUCACCAACCCCAUUGUCAGCGAAGCCCUGUGCGUGCCCUUCCUGGACAUUAACAUUGCCACCAACAAGCACAUUGACGAGUGCUUCACGGAAGCAUGCGUCCGCACCCUCAAGCAGCGUCGCCUCAAGCACGCGGUUGAGGCUGCCGAUAAACGCGGUGUGCUGGAUGCCAUCAAGCAGAACAUUAAGCGCACCUACGGCAAGGGUGACCACAGCGCUUCCCGCGAGGCGCUCUCGUCGCAUGGCUCGAUGGAGCGGCUGCCCACGAUUGAUUCCGUGUUUUUCAACUUUCACCUCUUGUUCCAAUUCGAGGCGCUUGUUUGUGCGGUCGGAACGGACUGCGAAAUCUACUUUUCGCUCUACGACAAGCAGCGCAACGUUGUCUUCACCGAGCCGUUCAUGCUUCCCCUCACUAGCCUGGGCAUGCCGAGCCGAGACCGCACGGCGGCUUUGUUUUCGUACAUCACCAACGCACCAGUGAAUGACCUCUUUUGGACACGCCACACGUGGCUGCUGUGCAAGAUUGUCAAGCUGGUGAACACGUGCGACGGACCCGCCAUUCGCAAGCCGUUCGGUAUGGCCACCAUCCCGCUGUCGGAAGUCGUCAAGGCCCAGCGCGACCACUCUGGAAACUCGUUCACCUUGGCCAUCCAUCUCUGCGGCAAGGACAAGGAGUUUAUGCAGACGCCCGCUUCGAUUUGCAAAAAGUCAAAGUUUCCGUCGGCAGCGUCCGAAACGGACACGGCUGGCGGCACCACUCUCGGCAACGUGGGCAUGUCGGCCUCGGUCCAAGGCACGGUGCGCCAGGCCCACAAGGCUCCUGUGCACGGCGACGGCUUUGUCCUCGCCACCCUCCAGCUGUUCAAGGGCGAAUCCGCCGCUGUCAUGCAAGACCACAAGACGGACAUGCUGGGCGGCAAGAUCCAGCUGGUCCACUGCAUUGGCCACGUUGCGUACCGCUCUCCCUUCCACCCACCGCCGAACAUUGCCGUCAGUGGGCAGACGGCUGCCUUGGUGCUCGCCUCGCACGACCCCCGACCGCCGACCAACGAACUCUACGUGUCUCUCCUUCGCGGCGAUUUCCACAGCGAUGACUUGCGUCGUGGUGUCGAGGUGACAUUCCACCUGCUCCGCGAGACAGGCGAUCCGAGCCCCAACUCGCGAUUCCUUCCGACCGAUGCCACGUACAAGAGCGUCGUGUAUUCGAGCACGUUGCAUCCAGCAUGGCACGAGACAUUCCGUGCAAGCAUUCCUGUCAUUGAAUACAAGCGAACGCACUUGCUGAUGGUCGUGCGAGACUGCUCUGAGCGAGAUAAAUUCAAGACGAGCGGCUUGACGGUCGGAUACUGCUUCUUGCCGUUGAACCACCGCGACCCUCAUUCACAAAAGCUCCUGCCAGUCGCUGAUGGCCAGUACCAGUGUGUGCUUCACCGGCUUGAGCAUCAGGUUGGCAAGCCGUAUUCUCUCAAGAUGAGGUCGCUUGCUGAAGGCGAAGAAACCCCCGCCCCUCAGAAGAACGAUUCCCUGUUUGUCUCGAUCAUGCUCUCAACCCGCGAGAACGAGAGCCACAAAGGCACGCUCCCCGCUCCGGUCAAGUCCUCCGACUAUGCCGUCGUGUCGGACGCGUUGUCGGCUUCGUCCGCGGGAACAGCGGCCUCGGCCCUGUAUGCCCAGCCCUCGGACUCGCGACCAAAGCUGCCUCCGCGUCCCGGCGAUGCUCCCGAAGCAGUGGCGCCGCCGACAUCGGCCAAGCCUGCCGUCUCUGCAGAGUACCAGGUGCCACAAAAGAAUCACGCCGUCCUUGCUGCACCAAAGCCAUCUGCAGCAGGGUCGGGAAACAACCGGGCCGCCAUUGUCUUUGACGAAACGGCCUCCAACCUCGACCAGCCUCCUGCGAUUCCCGAGCGGACCCGUUCGCCGCGCCUGACCUCGCCUCCGCCCCCGCCCGCUGCUGCUCCUGCUGCUGGCAGCGUGGCUAUUGGAGCGAAUCCGAAUCCAAUCUACGUCCAGCCUCCGCUGCCGCCGCGGAAGGACAAGACUGUCUCUGACGGCCCGCCCAAGCUGCCCAUUCCGUACAGCCAAUCUGUUGUUGAAUCGCUAACGCGGCAGCAGCUAUUGGGGCACGACCUCGACAUGCUUUCGACAGACAAGCUCACGCUGCUCCUGCGCGAGCUCGAUGCGGCGUUGGAGCGUACCAAGGCUGUUUUGAUUCAAAAGUCCCGUGCUGAAAAGCCAUCCGCUUGAAGCGUUUCAACUUUUUGUUGUUGGCUGUUGUUGUUGUUGUUGUUGUUGUUUUGUUGCUGUCCUU